AUGGACGGAAAGCGCAAUAUUGUCAUUGUCGGAGGCGGCAUCAUUGGCUGCACGACGGCCUACUACCUGACUCGCCAUCCAAAGUUUAACCCGGCCCUGCAUACAAUUACUCUCCUCGAGGCCGGCCCGUCGUUGGCAGGCGGCGCUUCUGGCAAGGCUGGUGGUCUGUUGGCUCUGUGGGCAUACCCUGCCAGCAUUGUGCCUCUAUCGUACAAGCUGCACGCCCAACUGGCAGCGGACCACGACGGCGCGCAGAAAUGGGGCUACAGGAGGCUGCAAUGCGGGAGCUUCGAGGCCGUCGUGUCAAGGACGAAGCUCAGGGAGAUGCAGCAGUUUAAGGACGGAGGGGACAGGGAGUGGCAAAAAUUACCAAAGCAGGAUGCCGCCGCAAAAGAGCUGUUGCAAGACGGUAUACUGCCCAGAGAAUUGGACUGGGUUGAUCGGGAUUUGAUAACGAGCUGGGCAGAGAUGGGCGGCCCUGGCACCACGGAGACCUCACAAGUGCACCCAUUUCACUUUACCACGUCGAUUGGUCAACUGGCGCAAGCGGCCGGCGUUGACAUGAGGAUGCAUGCCAAGGUGACCAAGAUUGUCUCGUCGAAAGCAUCUGUUGACAAGGUUGAAUACCUCGAUAGAAGUACGGGAGAGACGAUUGAAAUCAAGGACCCGACUGAUGUCAUUGUCACUGCUGGUCCCUGGACGGGCAGAUUACUGCCGCGGGCAAAGGUCGAGGGCCUACGAGCACAUAGCGUCGUUUACGAUGCCAACGUGUCGCCGUUUGCCGUCUUUACUGAUAUACAGCUGCCCAGCGACUAUGUCCCGGAGCACCGGGCAAAGCUGGGCCAAAGAAGGAUGCACAAGAACCACGUCGACCCCGAGAUUUACGCACGACCAUUUGGCGAGGCAUACGCGUGUGGUGAGCCGGAUACAACCGUUCCGUUGCUGGACACUGUCGACCAGGUCGAGUGCGACGAAGCGCAAUGCGACGACAUCAUCGCGUACAUCAGCACAUUCAGCCCAGUCUUGGCCGCUGCGCCCAUCAAAGCCAAGCAAUCAUGUUACUUGCCACGACACAUGCGUUUCGGACAGGAGAGCGGCCCAUUGAUGGGACCGACGACGGUACCCGGCCUGUGGGUUGCUUCCGGCCAUACGUGCUGGGGGAUUCAAAAUGGUCCAGCAACGGGCAAAUUGAUGUCGGAGUAUGUGUUUGACGGGGAGGCCAAGAGUGCCAAUAUAGAAAAGUUGGAUCCACGGAAGUUUAGGGUAUGA